GUCUUUUUUUAGUCACUUUAAAUACCGAAGUGGAUUUCAGUAUCCCUCGACGAUCCCCCAGUCCCCUCCCCUCACGGCUGCAUGCCCGCAUCCGGAUUCCGGUCCAUCCGGCAGCCAGACGCUGCCGCCGUAAAUUCCCCUUCCGCGUCUGUCUGGCCGGUGGCCGCUGUGGUUUUGUAGGCUAGUGCGUGCCGUCCUCGGACCUCUCCUCUCGUCCUCCACCACCAUGACUGAGGCCCAGUCUCCACUAUCCGCCACCAUGGCGAAGGAGGCCCAGUCGUCGCCGUCCGCCACCGUAGCGCAGGCGACGGCUCUGCCGCAGCUCGUAUUAUUCAACUCCUUGACGAAGAGGGAGGAGCCCUUCCAGCCCCGGGUGGAGGGGAAGGUAGGGAUGUACGUCUGUGGCGUCACUCCCUACGACUUUAGCCACAUCGGCCACGCGCGUGCCUACGUCGCCUUCGACGUCCUCUACAGGUACCUGAAAUUCUUGGGGUAUGAAGUUGAAUAUGUCCGUAAUUUCACGGAUAUCGACGACAAGAUUAUUAAGCGUGCAAAUGAACGCGGUGAAACAGUUACAAGUUUGAGUAGCCGGUUUAUCAAUGAAUUUCUUCUUGAUAUGACUGAGCUCCAGUGUUUACCUCCUACCUGUGAGCCACGUGUAACAGAGCACAUUGAGCAUAUUAUAGAGUUGAUAACCAAGAUAAUGGAGAAUGACAAAGCCUAUGCUAUGGAAGGAGAUGUUUACUUUUCAGUCGAAAGUUUUCCUGAAUAUCUCAGUUUAUCUGGAAGAAAAUUCGAUCAAAAUCAGGCAGGGGCACGGGUUGCUUUUGAUACACGAAAGCGUAAUCCUGCAGACUUUGCACUCUGGAAGGCUGCAAAGGAGGGCGAACCUUUUUGGGAUAGCCCUUGGGGCCGUGGAAGACCGGGAUGGCAUAUUGAAUGCAGCGCAAUGAGUGCUCACUAUUUAGGACAUCUAUUCGAUAUUCAUGGUGGGGGGAAAGAUUUGAUUUUUCCUCAUCAUGAGAAUGAGCUUGCACAAAGCCGAGCUGCUUAUCCUGAGAGUGAGGUGAAGUGCUGGAUGCAUAAUGGCUUUGUUAACAAGGAUGAUAAAAAAAUGGCAAAAUCAGAUAAUAACUUUUUCACGAUUAGAGAUAUCACUGCUCUUUACCAUCCAUUGGCUUUAAGAUUUUUCUUGAUGCGCACUCAUUAUAGAUCAGAUGUGAACCAUUCUGAUCAAGCACUUGAGAUUGCAUCUGAUCGUGUCUAUUACAUUUUUCAGACUCUAUAUGACUGCGAGGAAGUAUUAGCUACAUAUCGUGAAGAGGAUGUUCUGGAUCGUUGCUUCAUGGAGCUGCUGAAGGCCAUAAACAGCAGUUUGAAUGAUUUGAAGAAACUGCAACAGAAAAUAGAACAGCAAAAGAAGAAACAGCAACAGCAGAAGAAGCAGCAACAGAAGCAACAGCAAUUGCAAAAACAGCCAGAACAUUAUAUUCAAGCUCUGAUUGCACUGGAAAUAGAACUUAAAAAUAAACUGUCUAUACUUGGUCUGAUGCCAUCUUCAUCUUUGGCAGAGGUACUGAAGCAAUUGAAGGACAAAGCACUAAAGAGAGCGGGGCUGACUGAAGAAAAAUUGCAAGAGCAGAUUGAGCAGAGAAACGUUGCAAGGAAGAAUAAACAGUUUGAGAUAUCUGAUGGAAUCAGGAAAAACCUUGCUACCAAGGGCAUCGCCCUGAUGGAUGAACCUUCUGGUACAGUGUGGAGACCAUGCGAACCAGAGGGGCCGCACCCACUCAACAAAUGAUGGUAAAAUGAGAUUUUUGCCUGAGGGCAGCUACACAUUUUGAACUAACAAAAUCACCAUCUCUGGAUGCAGUAUUCUUCACUCAGGGGUAGGGGGUCCAGGUUGACUCGCCAGUCGCCAGUUGAAACUUGCAUUUCUGGUUGUGUAAGAAGCAAUGGACCCCAUAUAUAUACUUUACUCCUUGCGAGGUUUGAGUUUUGGUUUUGGAUAUAAGACUUGGCAAUUCCAUUUCAAUGAAACAGAUGAAAUUUUGCUUGGUACUCUUCGCGUGUGUUAGUGGUUUAGUUUGUUGUGCACCGGUGGUGCUUGAGAUGAAGUCAUUGCUUUAUUUUAAGGUAAUGAAAACUGUUCUAGCAGAA